GCUUAUUCCUUUUUUGGAUUGCGUGUCAUCCACUGUCACUGGCGAGUCGCAAUUCGAGGUCUUGGGAAUAUGGCGAAAAAUCGCAUUCGCAUUCGAAUACGAUCGAUCGAUAUAUGACGCCGUCGCAGUAGUAGCGCUUAUACCAUUCCAAUCAUUUUUUUUUUUAUUUUUUUUGGAACAAAAAAGUCAUCUCUAUUUUUCGUAUUUGUUAACUUAGACGUGUAAAACAAAAUCUUCGUUGACGAAGCUUAUGCACAAUGCACAAGUAGUACACAUUCAUACCUAGUACAUCUUUUAGCUUCACGCCGUUUAUGUUUAUAAACCGUCUGCCUUACAUCAACUACCGAUACUCUUUCCUCUCUUACAGAUUACCUACAUUACCUUAGUUAAAGUUACCUACGUAUCACGUAACUUUACCUAAGGAGCUAUAUCCUAGAACUCACCCUAGAACUCAUACUAGAACUGCAGCCUUAUCCCUAAAUAACUUGUUACCUCAUUACUUCAUCACUCGAAGAGCUUUCAAAGCUCGCACCGGCUGCCAUCUCCCUUUACCGAUUCUCCGUUCCUCGAAACCUUGAUAAUAAGGUUGCCUAGGUAGGUAGGUAACUUUAAGUUUUAACCUACACGCGAUAGACGCCAUGUCUUCCACCAACAUCGAGACGAAUGGUGGUCACGAUCAUAUUCUACGUCCACGGCCACGAAAACCCCAACAUGCUCAAGUCGCGGAGCUCGUUAGAGAGCACAGCGCCGUUUCCGUCAACGGAAAUGGAUAUCUCGACGCUCCCGUAGACGAUACUGGUUCGGGCACGACGAGUGGCCGUUCGACACCCGUCCCCGAAAAUGCGCCCGCGUCGACGAAAGCUCUGUCUAGUGCGCGGAAACAGGUUCGAGCGGAACAGCGACAGCGCAUCUUCCCGACUAUCGAAUUCGCCUCGCGCGUCUCUCACUUCGAUCCCGAAUCCGACUAUCGCGACUUUCAUGGAUUCUUCAAUUUAUUCUGGAUUGGGUUGGCCAUCAUGGGAAUCACUACGAUGCUGCGCAACUAUAAGGAUACCGGAUACCCCUUGCGCGUACAGAUAUGGACACUCUUUGCCGUUAACUUGUCCCAUCUAGCUAUCGCCGAUUUCUUCAUGGUCGCCAGUACCGCUAUUAGCUUGCCGCUACACAAGUUAUGUAGGAGUAGCAAAGGGGCGUUGACGUGGAACAAGGGUGGUAUGGCCAUUCAGAGCAUAUAUCAAGUUGUAUGGCUUGCGUUCUGGAUUGCCAUUCCCUUUAUCCUCAAUUGGACUUGGACUGCCCAGGUGUUUUUCCUAUUGCAUACAAUGGUUCUGCUUAUGAAGAUGCAUUCUUAUGCUUUCUAUAACGGCCACCUUUCGGAAACCGAAAAGCGACUGCGCGCCCUCGACAAGCCUCAUGGCGCCUCCAAGGAACCAGCAUACGUCUACCCUUCGGUCGAAAACCCAAUGGGUAGCUUAGCGCAUAAGGAUAUGGAUGUCGACAGUGACGAAGACGAUCAGGGCCUGUUGCAGUUGCGCGAGGACUUGGCUCGUGAGUUGACGAGCCCCAUUGGCAACAUAACCUACCCUCGUAACUUGUCGUGGUCGAAUUAUACCGAUUAUCUUUUCUGUCCGACGCUAUGCUACGAGCUCGAGUAUCCGCGCGUGAAAUCUAUCAACUGGACAUCACUCAUAGCCAAGAUAGUCGCGACUUUCGGCUGUAUAUUCCUAUUGACCGUUAUCUCGGAAGAAUUCAUCCUGCCCGUGCUGCAAGAAUCAACAGUCCGUUUGGAAACCACCUCGUCCGUGGCUGAGAAGCUGCUUAUCCUCGCUGAGAAUAUAUCGUGGCUUCUGUUCCCAUUUAUGCUGACUUUCCUGCUGGUGUUCCUCGUUAUCUUUGAGUACGUCCUAGGUGCCUUUGCCGAGAUUACCAAGUUCGCGGACCGUCACUUCUAUAGCGACUGGUGGAACAGCACAGACUGGAUGGAGUUCAGCCGCGAGUGGAAUAUACCGGUUUACUCGUUCCUGCGCCGUCAUGUAUAUGCAACAUCGAAACCCACCAUUGGCCGCAGCAGCGCGACAGUCAUUACGUUCUUAAUCUCGUCCAUCGGCCACGAGAUCGUCAUGGCGUGUAUCACCAAGAAGAUUCGUGGGUACGGGUUUAUCUGCCAGAUGUUGCAGUUACCUAUUGUCAUGCUGCAGCGUACGAGAUGGGUUCGUGCCCAUAAGACGGCGAAUAACGUGCUUUUCUGGUCCAGCAUGAUCCUAGGUUUGAGUUUGAUAUGCUCACUCUACGUCCUAGUUUAAUUAAAGUUAGGUGCCUACCUAAAGUUACAGGAAGGAAUCAUUGUAUUAUAAAAGAGGGAAGAAGCCCUCCUCUCGAUAAUAAAGGGUUGGAAAGGUUGGAAAGGUGGGAUGGGUGGGAUCUGUCGCAUAAAACACAUUAUAAAGAAGCACUCGGGCACACCGCUCAACUCACUACUAAGUUAGUUGUAUUGUAGUACCUAUUAACAUCAUACCAUCAGUCGGUUUUCCCAUGUCAUUUCAGAUAUAUACCCCUACUCUCAUAUUUGUUAUCAAUACAUAGAUGUACCAUAGCAUACUACGGCGUAUACAUUCCGUUGGUUUAGGUCUUUAGCAACUUACUUUUUCUCUUCUAUUAUCCAUAUUCAGUUUUACAAUUUGUUGCUAAUUAUACCCGUAACAAAUAACAAAAGUCAGUUGGAUUAUCC